AUGGCAAAGUCUGGAAUACCGUCCCUGCAUGGUUAUUGCAUAUUCAUCACACUAAUGCUAUUGCUAAUGCUCAUUCCUAUCGAAGGUAUCGGCAGUCAUAAGGAGUGCAGCGAGUUGUCUUGUGGGCCUAACCAAUCGCCUAUUAUUCGAUUUCCCUUCCAAAUCGUCAAGGGGGUCAAAGAUGAAUGUCCUCAUCCUGGAUAUUGUCUCUAUUGCACUCAAGAAAAGAACACCAUGUUAGUCCUCCCUACAAUACAACUCCGCGUCAGGGCCAUAGACUACGAACUUCAACAAAUUUACUUGGAAGACCAGAACCAUUGCCUUCCAAAAAUGUUUCUGAACCACACCAAAUUUUUUAUUGAUUAUUACCAUACCGAAUCACAGAGCUUGAUCUUCUUUGACUGUUCUUCAGUUGGGUAUAGACACCUCAGAAACAGAUAUAGAUACUCACAAGAUAUGAUCUCCUGUCCGAUUUACGUUGCUGAUUCUCAAGAAAGUGUCCUGGAUUUGGACCUGACAUUCUGUUCCAGGAAGUUCGACGUCACUGCACCUGCCACGGCAUACGAGUUGCAUCAGAAUCAGUUGGUGUUGAGAUGGUACAAACCAGAUUGUAAUACGUGCGAAGCGCAAGACAAAAGAUGUAAAUGGAAGAACAACAGCACCGAAGUUGUCGAAUGUUUUGAUUGCUAUGACCGCAAGGGCCACCAGAAAAGAAUUCCGAAUUUCAGAUCUUUUGUUGUUUCAGCUGCAGGUUCAAUUCUUUUGGGCCUGCUAAUCAUUGUCGCUUUUAAGAUUUUCCGCUGUUUUAGAAAGAAGGAAGAAGACCAAGCAAGAGUGGACAAGUUCUUAGAGGAUUACAGGGCAGAAAAGCCUACAAGAUUUACCUACGCUGAUGUCAAAAGAAUCACAAGUGGUUUUAAAGAAAAACUAGGGGAAGGAACUCAUGGAGCUGUUUUCAGAGGCAAACUUUCAAAUGAGAUUCUCGUGGCUGUGAAGAUCCUCAAUAACACUGACGGAGAUGGAAAUGAGUUCAUCAAUGAAGUGGGAAUUAUGGGGAAAAUCCACCACAUCAACGUGGUUCGUUUGCUAGGCUUCUGCGCCGACGGGAUCCAUCGUGCUCUUGUCUUCAAUUUGUUUCCAAAGGGUUCGCUACAAAGCUUCAUAUUUCCACCCGAUGACAAGGACCAUUUUCUUGGCUGGGAGAAGAUACAAGACAUUGCUCUUGGUAUAGCUAAAGGGAUUGAGUAUCUUCAUCAAGGUUGUAACUAUCCCAUUAUUCACUUUGACAUCAAUCCUCACAAUGUGUUACUAGAUGACAACUUCACUCCAAAGAUUUCUGAUUUUGGCUUAGCCAAAUUGUGUUCCAAGAAUCGUAGUUUGGUGUCCAUGACAGCUGCUAGAGGAACCUUGGGAUACAUUGCACCUGAAGUUUUCUCCAGGAACUUCGGAAAUGUGUCCUAUAAGUCUGAUAUUUACAGUUACGGAAUGUUGCUGUUAGAAAUGGUUGGAGGAAGGACGAAUGUAGACAUGUCAUCCGCACAAAAUUUCCAUGUUCUGUACCCAGAUUGGAUCCAUAACCUAGUUGAUGGAGACAUACACAUCAAUGUUGAGGAUGAAGGUGACGCUAAAAUUGCGAAGAAGCUAGCCAUUGUUGGACUUUGGUGCAUUCAGUGGCAGCCAGUGAACCGUCCAUCCAUAAAAUCUGCCAUACAAAUGCUAGAAACUAAAGAGGAAAACCAAUUAACUGUGCCUCCUAACCCAUUUCACUCAACAACUUCCACUACUGUUAGGGGACGUAUUUCAGGAAGAAGACCUUUGGAGUUGGAAGCAAUUCAAGAGUGA